CUGGCUAAAGCUUUAUCAGAAAGAGGGGAAGCGAAGGUGGGCGCACCUUGCGAGCACAAAAGAAUGUUAUGAAAUGCCCUUCAUGUUCAAUUGACAUAGCUGAAUUUCUUCAGAACCCAGAGGUUAACAAACACAUGAUGAGCGCGAUAGAAACCCUCCUCCGCGAGGCUGAGAUAGAAGAGAGUUCUGAAGUGUCCAAUGACAAAAAUAAUGAAAAUAUAGAGACUGUGAAUGAUGAUGAUGGGAAAGAAGUUUCAAAGCAUUGUGAUUCAGGUGAGAAUGUCCUAGAGGAGAUCAAGGACAAUGAUUUGAAUCAGCCACAUAAGCACAGAAAGGGUGCUGGUGAUUCAGCUAUUGUGAACAGUGAGGAGCAAAUCAAUGUGGCAAUAGAUUAGAUUGGAGUCUACCAUGGAGUGAAGAAUCAUGUAACUCAGAUUAGAUUGGAGAGUUUAAACUUUAAAGAGAGCAUGAGGAAAUAGUUUUAAAACUUAGGCUGAAAGUCCUGCCCUUCUUUGUUGUAGUUUAAAAGAAAUUUUGGGGUAUCUUUUUAUUGAGACAGUGAGAUAUUGGAUAAUGGUGUUGAAAAAUAACAUCCAUUUU